UUUUUAUUUAUCAUUGUUUGAAAAUUGCUGUCACAUAUCAGAAGUCUCAUAACUGUCUUCUGAAAAAUACCAAAUUUGGGGGUAAUUUAACAAUUUUCGUGGGGUUUACCAAAUUUUCUUGUGUUUAAAAUCGUCCACCUAAAAAGACAAUCCGAAAAUGCGUGAAUGUAUAUCAAUUCAUGUGGGCCAAGCUGGAGUUCAAAUAGGCAACGCUUGUUGGGAGUUGUAUUGCCUGGAGCACGGAAUUCAGCCCGAUGGAAUAAUACCCGAAGAUAAAAAAUGCUACAGCGGUGACAUUAGUUAUAACACGUUUUUCAAUGAGACAGGCGGUGGUAAACACGUACCAAGAGCCAUCUUUAUCGACUUGGAACCUUCUGUAGUCGACGAAACAAGAACCGGUGUAUAUAAACAGCUGUUUCAUCCUGAACAACUUAUUUCUGGGAAGGAAGAUGCGGCUAAUAACUACGCUAGGGGGCAUUAUUCGGUUGGGAAAGAAAUAAUUGAGGUGGUGCUUGAUAGAGCCAGAAAACUAGCUGAUCAAUGCUCAGGUUUACAGGGGUUCUUUAUUUUCCACUCCUUUGGAGGUGGCACGGGAGCUGGAUUUACAUCUUUGUUAAUGGAGAAGUUGUCGAAUGAGUACGGUAAAAAAUCGAAACUUCAAUUUGCGAUUUACCCUGCCCCACAAAUAUCCACAGCUGUUGUGGAACCCUAUAAUGCCAUAUUAACGACUCACACAACUCUAGAGCAUUCGGAUUGCGCUUUUUUGGUGGACAAUGAAGCCAUAUAUGACAUAUGCAUAAGGAAUUUGGAUAUAGAAAGACCAAGUUACACGAACCUGAACAGGUUAAUUGGUCAGAUCGUUUCAUCCAUUACCGCUUCAUUAAGAUUCGACGGCUCCUUGAAUGUCGAUUUAACUGAGUUUCAGACAAACUUGGUGCCUUUUCCUAGAAUCCAUUUUCCAUUAGCCACCUAUGCUCCGGUUAUUUCCGCCGAGAAAGCAUUCCACGAGCAGCUCAGCGUGGCGGAGAUCACCAAUGCCUGCUUCGAACCCGCCAAUCAAAUGGUCAAGUGCGAUCCCAGGCAAGGAAAAUACAUGGCUUGCUGCAUGUUGUACAGAGGCGACGUGGUGCCCAAAGACGUGAACGCUGCCAUUGCUUCAAUAAAAAAUAACAAGGCGGUGAGGUUUGUUGAUUGGUGCCCCACUGGUUUCAAAGUUGGUAUCAACUAUCAACCACCAACGGCCGUCCCUGGAGGUGACUUGGCCAAAGUUCAAAGAGCUUUGUGCAUGUUGUCGAACACCACUGCUAUAGCUGAAGCUUAUGCAAAGUUGGACAGGAAAUACGAUAUGAUGUAUUCAAAGAGAGCUUUUGUGCAUUGGUACGUCAGUGAGGGUAUGGAGGAAGGUGAGUUUAGCGAAGCCAGAACAGAUUUGGCAGCGUUGGAAAAAGACUUUGAAGAAAUAAGUGCUAUGACCAUUGGCGGGGACGGAGAUGGACUUGAUGAAUUUUAAUUUACA